AUGCAUCACCACAACUAUCCCAAGGUUCCACGCCACUCAGUUGAGGAAGGCCUUCAGGCCCAAGGAGAGGCACAGGGCCCUGUGGGUGCACAGGGUGCCAGGGCUCGGGAGGGGGCAGCAGCUGCCCCUUCCUCUUCCACUUCUACUGCUUCACUUAAAUCAGAUCAGGGCUCCAGCAGGCGUGAAGAGGCAAGUCCAAGCACUUCUGAGGACCGUCCAGUUGCCAAGACCUUGAUUAGAGAAGGCAUAAAUGACAAGGUUGCUGAUUUGGUUCGUUUCCUGCUCCUUAAGUAUCGCACAAAGGAGCUGAUAACAAAGGAAGAAAUGCUGAAUGAUGUCAUCAAAGAUUACAGAGAUCACUUCUCUGAGAUCUUCAAGGAAGCAUCUGAGUGCAUGAAUCUAGUCUUUGGCAUUGAUGUGAAGGAAGUGGACCCUGAUGGUCACUCCUAUGACCUUGUCAUUGCCCUGGGCCUUACCUAUGAUGGGAUGCUGGAUGAUUACCAGAGCCUGCCCAAGACUGGCCUCCUGAUAAAUGUCCUGGGUGUGAUCUUCUUGGAGGGCAACUGUGCUGCAGAGGAGGUCAUCUGGGAAGUCCUGGGUGUGAUGGGGGUGCAGGCUGGGCAGGAGCACUCCAUCUAUGGGGAACCCCGGAAGCUGAUCACCCACGACUGGGUGCAGGAAGGUUACCUGGUGUACCGGCAGGUGCCCUUCAGUGAUCCUGUCCGCUAUGAGUUCCUGUGGGGUCCAAGGGUCUGUGCUGAAACCAGCAAGAUGAAAAUCCUGGAGUUUGUGGCCAAGGUCAAUGAUACCGUCCCCAGUGCCUUUCCUGUGUGGUAUGAAGAGGCUUUGAGAGAUGAGGAAGCAAGACGCCAAGCAAAAGUUGAAGUCAGACCCAGUUGGGGUGCCUGGCCCCGUGCACUCUGCAGGGCCACAACCAAAAGGCCCUGCCCCAAGUAA